AUGGGAUGGCGGGAGGGCCUAGUGUUGUUGCUGAUAGCCGGGGCUGCCACCUCGCAAAAUUGCAGAGGGGAAGAGCCGAAGCCGAGGUCCUGUGAGAAUUUGUGUGAUAAAGAUGGCAAUUGUAAAAUAAGAGCGGCCUUACUCUUGCCUAGGAAUACUACGUUCUACGCAUCAUUGCACGUGGUGGAGCCAGUUCUGCAUCUAGCAGUCCAGUCAGACACCGUGAAGGAAAUGCUGCCGCCGUGGCUGAGUUUCGAAUGGAUGACGUAUGACGUCACAGAUUGUGACGCAGCAUACGCUGUCAUAUCGGCCAUUGAUGCGUACAAUGACUGCGCUACAGUGUUCUUUGGGCCAGCUUGCGAUUUUGCAUUGGCGUCCGUGGCAAGAAUCACCAAGUUCCUGGGCAAAUCUGGUAUCCCAGUUCUCACUACUGGCGGCUUCACCUUCGACUUCGUGAAGAGCAAGCAGUCCUGCAAGGACGAAUACUACAUGUUGGUUAGGACCAGCCCUUUGGGGUUUAAGGACAUGGCCUAUUUCAUCAUCGAUGUUAUGAGACAGUAA